AGUUCUUUCUGCCCCUGAUCUUUUCCAUUGUGAGAGAGGAAAGGAAUUGAAGAUGGCAACUGCAUCUGAGAAGAACAGCAUGUAUAUAGAAACACCGGAAGCUUUUGGAGAUGCAGGCAAAAACUUUGAUGACGACGGACGAAUUAAAAGAACAGGGACAUGGAUAACGGCGAGCGCGCACAUAAUAACAGCAGUGAUUGGAUCUGGAGUUCUGUCGCUUGCAUGGGCGAUAGCGCAGAUGGGUUGGAUAGCCGGUCCGGCGGUGCUGUUUGCGUUUUCUUUUAUAACAUAUUUCACUUCCACUCUUCUUGCUGAUUGCUAUCGCACCCCAGACCCUGUUCAUGGCAAUCGCAACUACACUUACUCUCAUGUUGUCAAAGCUUCCUUAGGAGGAAGGAAAUUUCAGUUUUGUGGAUUGGCUCAAUACAUAAACCUUGUAGGUGUAACCAUUGGCUACACUAUAACUGCAUCAAUUAGUAUGGUGGCGGUAAAAAGAUCGAACUGCUUUCACAAACAUGGACAUGAAGACAAGUGCUACAUAUCAAACAACCCUUUUAUGAUAAUUUUUGCGUGCAUCCAAAUUGUUCUUAGCCAAAUACCAAACUUCCAUAAGCUCUCAUGGCUCUCCAUUGUUGCAGCAGUUAUGUCCUUCGCUUAUUCUUCAAUCGGCCUCGGCCUCUCUAUAGCCAAAGUCGCAGGUGGUAGUAAUCAUGUACGGACAUCACUAACAGGGGUGGAAGUUGGGGUGGAUGUUACAGCAACAGAGAAGGUUUGGAGGAUGUUUCAGGCUAUUGGUGACAUUGCCUUCGCUUAUGCUUUUUCUAAUGUGCUUAUUGAGAUACAGGAUACCCUGAAAUCAAGCCCUCCGGAGAACAGAGUAAUGAAGAGAGCAAGUUUGAUUGGCAUUUUAACAACAACACUAUUCUAUGUGCUAUGUGGGACCUUAGGUUAUGCUGCAUUUGGAAAUGAUGCUCCAGGAAAUUUCCUCACAGGCUUCGGUUUCUAUGAGCCCUUUUGGCUAAUUGACUUUGCCAAUAUCUGCAUAGCUAUUCAUCUAAUUGGGGCAUACCAGGUGUUCGUGCAACCCAUAUUCGGAUUCGUAGAGAACUCAAGCAAAUCAAGAUGGCCAGAAAGCAAAAUCAUAAACACAGAGCAUUCUUUGAACGUUCCCGUUUUGGGAAGCUUAAACGUGAACUUGUUCAGAGUUUUAUGGAGAACAACCUACGUCAUAAUCACAGCAGUGGUAGCUAUGAUAUUCCCAUUCUUCAAUGACUUCUUGGGCCUCAUUGGAUCACUCUCUUUCUGGCCAUUAACCGUUUACUUUCCAAUUGAGAUGUACAUUAAGCAGUCAAAGAUGGAGAGGUUUUCCUUCACUUGGGUUUGGCUCAAGAUCUUGAGUUGGGUUUGCUUGAUUGUUUCUAUUAUCUCUGCUGCUGGUUCCAUCCAAGGCCUUGCUCAAGAUCUCAAGAAAUAUCAGCCAUUCAAAGCACAGCAAUAAUACUUCUUGCUGCUUCCUCUUUUUAUUUUGAGUAUAUACAUAAAAAGGUCGAUAUUUUCGUUUUCAAAAACUUUUUAUUACAUUAAGAUCUUUAAACUUUAUAAAAGUAAGAUAUAUAAUAAGUGCUUUCGUCACAUUUUUUAGAAUUUAUUUGUUUAAGAAAAAAUAUGUUUGAAUAACGUAAAAACUUAUAUGUCUUACUUUUCUUAAGUUCAGAGAUUUCAAUGUAAUAAAAAUUUUUUGAGGAUGAAAACUUUUUUAGGAACCUAUUUGAGUAUAUACUCUUUUAUUUGAAUGUUCUUUUAAUCCAUGCAAAAGUAAUACUUAGUUUCAGGCUAAGUUUUACUCUCCUCCCUUUUUUCAACUUUUUCAAUCUACAUGAAUGUAGUGUUAUCUAAUGAGUGUGGUUUUGGAUAUAGAGAUACAACACCCAAGGGGAGAGUGUAUGCCAUGAAUAAUAAUCCCCAAAAUGGCCGUAAGAGGAAAGUGUAUGCCAUGAAUAAUCCCUCAACAUGGCUGUAAAAUUAUAUACAGAUACCCUAUGAAAUAAGAAAAAGUUGAUUGUCGCCGUUA